AUGUCGAUUUCACGUUUUCAACGUGUUAAGCAAUGGCUUUUAUUUUCACGUCAGUGGCACUUAAUCGAUGCUACUUUUCAGGAUGCGGAUAAACUUGGCGAAAAAGUUGCGAAAUAUUUGUCAGGUCGGCAUAAGCCAAUAUUUCAUCCCGAAACGGAUUGUGGUGAUCAUGUUGUAGUUAUAAACUGUAAAGAUGUUGCAAUGCAUGCAUUCGACUGGAAACACCUUUCGUAUUUUUAUAACCGAGGUUAUCCGAGGUCGAAGAAAAAAUUACCAGCUUGGACUAUUCAUGAUUAUGAUCCAUGUCGAAUUGUUUUUCUUGCUGUUUAUAAGCAUCUUGGUAGUCGAACUCCCAGGCGUUUAUUUAUUGAGCGAUUACAUUUAUUUGCCAAUGAUAGUAUGCCAGAAUUCGUGCGGAAAAAUAUCGGAGCUCAGAUAGAACAGGUGCAGAGUGUUCCAAAAAAAUCGACUGAAUAUACAGCUGAGGAGCGUUCUAAUUUUCCGCGAGUUUUCAAAUAUCCCGAUACACAUUUUGUUGACUGGGAGAAGCCUGUUCCACCAAUUGAAAGAUAUACGAACGAGGAUCGCAUGAAGAAAUAA